AUGGGUUGGCAGAAAACAUUCACCCUAGGCGCACGCAGAAAAGGCUGUCAUCUGGUGACAACCGAGAUUCUCGAUCACAUAGGCCCUGGUCUGCAGGGUGUAACAGUUGGGAUGCUGUAUCUCUUUAUACAACAUACGUCUGCCGCGUUGACAAUCAACGAAAACUUCGAUCCAGACGUCCGUAGAGAUAUGGACAUGGCGCUCGACCAGAUCGUUCCCGAGCAUCUCAAUUGGGUUCAUACCGAUGAAGGUCCGGAGUAA